AUGGACAGGGGAGAGAUGGGAGCUGUUUUAGACUCUGUUCCCCAUUUAGAUAUUCCUGUUCACUUCUCCAUUUUAGCUAUUUAUGCCUAUACUGUACAGAGAGAGGUGGCAUCGCUUCUUUCCACAAUUUAUGCUUCUACUGGUGAAUGUUACAGCAUCAUCAAAACCCUCCAGCCAUUCAGAAAGGAAGUUUUGGAAGGGCUGAGAGUCAAAUCCAUCUAUUAUCCCUGGUGUGCUAUUUCGUUUUGGGUUUUGGUGGAGAAACCUUGCAGUAACCAUUUGUGUGGACUUCUGCUCCACAAUAUUGACGCUGAAAAUAAUUAUGCCACUCCUACAAUAUUCCUCACUGACACUGGUAAGAUUCAUGCCCAGGUGCAUGGAAACACCGGUCACUCAUCAGCAUUCCUUUCACCUUUUAAGGUUCCUCUUUAUCAGUGGUGUCAUAUCAGCCUGGAGAUUCUGGGGCGUGUGGUGAAAAUUUCUAUUGCAUGUAUGGAAGGACAGCAGAAAUUUGUUAGCACAGCUGAGCACAUAUUUGGCAAGAACGUCAUGUUGGAUGACACACAUGGCUAUUUUGUGAAUGGUGGAGGUAAAUUCAUACGAGGCAUUGAAGGAUAUUAUGGACCAGCUACAUACUAUCGUAUACAGGGGCUCCCAGCUGACCAGGCUAAGAUUCACCUUCCUCCUGUAAUAUCAAAAAUGAACAUAACCGGAUGGCUCCAUCCCAUUAGAGGCUCUGCCCAAACCAAUGAAAAUGAUGAUCUGUUUCACUGGCCAAAGCUGCAGGCUAGAAGUGGAGUGGCUGAAGCCGAGCAAGCAAUGGGACGUAUGUUAUUCUGGGGUCAGCAAGGAGUGUCUCCAGACAUUCAGACAGCAGUGAAACACUAUGAGAGAGGGGCCAACAAACUCCAUGACCCUGUGUCCAUGUACAACUACGCCAUUGUGCUCCUUACGGGCCAAGGAAUUCCAAAAGAUGUUCAGAGAGCUGUGAUAUUCCCGAAGAAAGCAAUAGAUCAGGGGUCCGUUCCCGCUGUCACUGCUCUGGGCUGGUACUAUGAGCAGUAUGAGAAGGAUUACGAGAAGGCCGUACAUCUGUGGGAAGAAGCUGAUGACAAAGGGCACCCUGAAGCUGCCAUGAAUCUGGGAGUUUUCUACUCUCAGGGCCUCAAUCCUGGACAACCUGCCGACCAGUUUAAGGCAUAUAAGUACUAUUUAAAGUCAGCCCAGAGAGGACACUUACAUGGUGGCAUUGAGCUGGCUGAUAUUUGGAUUCAUGGGAUUCUCGGCCAAGGAUAUCUGGGAACAGUCUUGAGGAACGGACUGAAUGCCUAUUUCAAAGGAGACUGGAUCAUGUCUUUGAUUUAUUAUCUGAGUGCUGCAGAGAGUGGAUUUGAAGCAGCUCAGUUUAAUAUAUUUUAUAUCUCUUUGGAUCCAGCGCUGGACAUGUUAAGAUACUAUAACAUGUCGAUAAAGGCUCAAGAUCCGGCUCCGUACGCUUUGAUCAGAAUGGGAGAUCUGUUCUAUGGUGAACAGGCUUUGGGCACAAAAGAGUUUUUUGAUGCAGCAGAGAUGUACAAGCAAACAGAUGGACUGAAAUUUGAUUUCCUGUCUCCUCAGGGUUGGUAUAAUCUUGGCCUGCUUGUCCAAAAUGGAGAGUCUCUGCCGUUCGGUGUGCUUUCUGAGCUCAGUUUGCUCCACCUUCACUUGACAGACAGACAGAAGCUUCUCAGCACCCUGUACCAAAGAUGUGGAGAGACCAAUAGCACUGAUGCCUACCUGCCCUGCACACUGGCACUGUUCAGCGCACACCUGCAAUCUUUACAACUACAUCAGGAUACUGCCAUAAAGGUACGGUGUCCCAGCAGGGCCAUUCUGCCUGUGUCUAAUGAAAGAGUGCGAGGACUCCCCAGGCUUCUGUGCAGACUGAUGCAAACAGCAGGGAAUAUGUUGGACUAG